GGUGGAAGUGACGUCAGGUGCCGGGAGGAGGCGAGUCCGAUUCUCGUCAGCCGGGCGGCAGCGGCACCUUCUCCCCCCUGAGGUCAGGCCGGCGAGCAGCGAUGUUCCGAGCGGCGCUCCGGUGCGGCAGCGGCGGCCUGUCCGCCUGGCGGAGGGCGGCGCAGGCGGCGAGGAGGCCGGCGGGCCGGGCCGAGACGGCGCAGCCGGCGGCUGCCCUUGCUUCACGAUGGUAUUCACAUGGGAAGCAGGAGACCGAUGAAGAAUUCGAUGCCCGUUGGGUGACAUACUUCAACAAGCCUGACAUUGAUGCCUGGGAGCUCAGAAAAGGAAUGAACACCCUCAUUGGAUACGAUCUGGUACCCGAACCCAAAAUUCUUGAUGCAGCCCUGAGAGCAUGUCGUAGAUUAAAUGAUCUAGCUAGUGCAAUCCGUAUUCUAGAAGCAGUAAAGGAUAAAGCUGGACCUCACAAAGAGAUCUAUCCUUAUGUUAUUCAAGAACUCAGGCCCACAUUAACUGAACUUGGAAUUCCUACCCCAGAGGAGAUUGGUUUAGACAAAUUAUAACAAUAUACAUGGACAGUUUCCAGACCUUCAUUUGAUGUGGUUGUACAUGAUACAAGAUACAGUGUGAAAUAUUACUAUUGGACGUUUAAUUCUGUUCUGUUGUAUGUAUUGUCUCCCUGUGAACUCAAUUCAAUAAAGAAUGGCCUGAUAAAUUAA